CUCCAUGCAGCGGGAUUGUCGCACCUGGGCGCGCUCCUGCCAACGCGCUAAAGUCACCAGGCACGUCACGUCACCACUCGGAACAUUCCCUCAGCCCUCUGGUCGCGCCAACGGAAUGAUCGAGCGUUUCCACCGACAAUUCAAAGCAGCCAUUAUGUGCCACCCGGACUCAACCUGGCUCGAGGCCAUCCCAGCCGUCAUCCUCGGCCUUCGCGCCACCUUCAAGCCGGACAUCCACGCUACACCAGCAGAGCUCGUCUACGGGGAACCACUCCGUCUCCCAGGUGAAUUUCUCGCUGCACAGCCAUCCAGCACUGCGACGUCAGAUCCCACCGACUUCGUCGCCCGGCUCCGACGCACCAUCGCCGCCUUACGCCCGUCACCUGCAGCCCACCACUGCAAGCCUACACCUUUCGUCUUCAAGGAGCUAGCAUCGUGCACGCACGCUUUCCUCCGCGACGACACCGUCCGCAGGCCUUUCCAGCCACCCUACACCGGACCCUACCUGGUCGUCCAUCGCGACAACAAGAAUUUCACUCUGCGCCUGAACGGGAACGACGUCCGCGUCUCGAUCGACCGGCUCAAGCCCGCAUACAUCGCUGUGAACGAACCGGACAGCGCCACUCCAUCCACAGCAGUGAAAGGCUACAUUUCCAAGAAGAGAACGACACCUCCGACGGCUCUUAAAGAGGGAGACGGCGGUGACACAUUCCCGUGCACGAUGGCUGUCAGUUGCCUGCUUGCCAACAUGAAACAAGCGCAUGUUAAGGGAACAGGGUGCGACUGCAAACAUUGCGUGGUACUCGACAACUUCAGCGAGGAGGAGUGCCUCUGCUAUCGAGAGAUGGAAGACCCUGUCACUGCUGCGCAGCCUGAAGGAUGCGUCACAGAGAACCCGGAGUUCCAUCUCGUGUCUAAACAUCGCUGUGCUCCGUACUUCGACCAGUUUGUUGACCAAGAUCAACUGCACUAA